AUGAAGGCCACCUACGUCGUCUCCCUCUCCCUCGGCGCCUCCAUGGGCCUCGCCCAGGGCACCGGAGGGCUCCCAGAGUGCUCUGCUGCCUGUAUCAGCAGCAUGUUGGGCAAGGCCGUCGAGCUUGGCUGCCCUCCUACCAACUACGGCGACUGUCUCUGCACCAAGGAAGACUUCACUCACGGCCUGCGAGACUGCACCACGGAGGCCUGCCCGGGUGAGGACGUCAACAGGGUCGUCAUGCUCGGUCAGCAGGCCUGCAGGGCCCAGGGAGGUGGAAACAACCGAUGGCUGACCGGUGUAGCUUCUGGUACUGCUACCGGUACUGGCACCACCUCUGGUUCUGCCUCUACCGGCACGGCUGCUCCUUCAUCCACCACCGGCGGCUCUGCUCCCACUUCCGCUCAGUCGUCUACCCACGGCACCGCUACCGGCAGCGAGACCGUCACCACCAGCCACCCUGCAACCACCCUCUCCACCAUGGUCUCCAGCUCCGAGUCUGGCUCUCAUUCUGGCUCUCAGUCUGGCACUCAGUCUGGUACCGGGUCUGGCACCGAGUCUGGCACUGCUACCGAGACCGGGGCUCCCUCCACCACUUCAGAGGGCGGUUCUGGUCAGACCGGGUCCCCAUCCCCCACCAAUGGCGGUGCCGGUGGUGAGACCACUGGCAACGCUCCAUCCACAACUCACUCUGCCGGUCUCGCUCCGGCCAAGGCUACUGGUCUCGGUGUUGCCGGUGCCCUCGGCCUCGUCGCCCUUCUCGCCUUGUAA